ACGAGACUCACCGGGGUCCCCGGCUGCCCCUCCCCAAAGGCUAAGACCAGGCAGGCCUUGUCCGAACCGUACAUAAAGGGCACCAUCGUCCCCGCCAAGGGUCAGGAGUGAGCGAUCCGACGUUUCCUGGGGAUUCUCCAUCCGAAAGGAAGACAACCUAAAAACAUGAGGACUGUUAGUGGUGUCUCUGCGAGGGCAGCAGAGGCUAAGCGCCGCGCGCGCCGCGUGCCGGAGGACCAGCGGAAACGUGGUGUACAGAGUUGCGAUCUGUGCCGCAAGAAACGCUGUAGAUGCAUCCCCGCGCCUGGCGAGACGAGCCGUUGUGUGGCAUGUCUGGCUCAGAAUGCGUCAUGCACAUUUACGCUCCCUCGCAAGACCCGCUUCUACGGGAAUAUCGAAGAUCUGAGUGAUCGCUUCCGUUGCCUCGAGGCUCUUGUGAAGGGCGCGUUCCCUGACGUGCCCACUGACUCGGUUUCGGAUCUCGUGCGCCUCGGCCAGUCCCGAGGAUAUCAGAUGCCCGAUUUGACCCAGAACGGAGAGGCGCCAGUGAAGAUAGAAGAGGCUUUGCGGAUACCGCGACAAUCCGAUUUUCCCGGGGAGAACAGCUCGUCUGUAUUUAGCCCUACUAGCCCUCCUCACACGCGACCGCGAGCGAAAUCUAGUCCCACCGCAUAUCACGAUAGCUCGGAAUCCAUCCACGGCAGCCCGUCUCUCGUAAGCGAUCCAUCCGGAAAGGAGCACUAUAUCGGACCAUCCGGCGGGCUGCAGUUCCUCGGGCAGCUGCGUAGGCUUCUGAUCUCAAGAGAGCAGAGGCGCAGCCCACAACCGCAUAUACGGCCGAAUGCCGUGUCAAAAUUCACCGAAGACGACGGAGCUCAGGCGCUCGAGGGCGAGGAACCCCACGGCGGCGCGCCGGACUCUAGAGAGAUAGACGACGCCUCUGUCAUCGCUACACGCGACCAGCGUUCGCCGGGCGGUGUCGCUCCACCCGAGAGCGACUUCACGCGCAAAUCUUCCAGCGGCAUAGAGGACCACUGGAGGAGACUGCCGGCACAAGAAGUGCUCGAGAAGCUCUUGCAGUCCUUCUUCCAGAACGUGCAUGAUGAUUUCGUGCUCUUCCACCGCGGGACUUUCGAGGGCGACUUUGAGCUCCAGACGCGAAGGCUACGCCAGAACGGGGGCGAUCUCGACCUCGGACUACUGGCGUGCCUCUAUAUGAUGCUUGUGUUCGGAAGUAUGAGUGAUCCUAGCAUCGGCGGCAGUAAUCUUGAUCACAACGCACUGAGGCGACACUGUGUGUCGUCUGCCAGAUCUCUACUGCCGCACCUUAUAAGUAAAUGUACGCUUUACAAUCUCAGGGCCUUGCUCCUGUUAGGUCUGUUUCUACAUAAUCACAACGAGCGGAAUGCGACGUGGAACCUGGUGGGAACUGCGACUAGGGUCGCCUUUGCCUUGGGGUUGCAUCGGAACGACACAGGAGCCGCAUUCAAUCCUAUCGAGAGGGAAAUGAGAAAGCGCAUCUUCUGCACGCUCUACGGGUUCGAACAAUUUUUAGCUACCAGCCUCGGUCGGCCUAGUGGCAUUAACGAUCCCGAUGUCGAGGUCACACCACCCCGCGCGGGUAUACUAGAUGGUAACGGCGGCGGCGGCGGCGAUGCCGUCUUAGUUGCUUUUAACUUGCGACUAUAUCGAAUACUGGGCAGAAGCCGGGUGAGCCAGGACCAAGGGGUUCGUGCGGAGGCCAUGGGGCAGCCGGCAGACGGGAGUCCCGAAGCAACUCUCGCGGAUCUCGACCAGUGGAAGACGGAUCUCGCCAAGCAGUCGUGGCUGAACAUACCACCGAUUAAAACCGGCGAGCGCCUCUUCGAUGACAAGGAGUCGGGGGCCAUGGCGUUCAACGACCUCAAGUCGCUGCUACACUGGCAGGGCCGUUCAGCGCUGAGGGCGGCGCUGAUGCUACAGUUGCAAUAUCAUUACACCGCCCUCCACGCGACGCGUCCAUUUCUCCUGCAGGGAUUCACGGUCAACACGCAGGCGUCGGCGCAAGAGCAGACCAAGCCGAUGAGCCGGCAGGCUCUGCUUGCGAGUACGUGUCUGCGUCACGCUACCCAGAUGGCUAUGACUAGCCUCAUGCUGGACUCGUUCCAUCUCCUGAACGGUGUCUCCGGUUUGGAUAUCUUCUACGUCUACUGGGCGUCCAUGGGGUUGUCUAUCGGCAUGUUACAGCGCCACCCGCCAUCAGAAGAAAUAAGAGUGUUGGAAACGCUGCACAGCUUGGGGGCGCGGCUUAGAGACAUGGUGGCCAAGGUGGAGAAGUGCGGGACCAUGAAGCGCUUUACCGAGCUGAUGAGCGCCUUUGCCGAGCAUAUCAGCUCUCGAUCCCUGCUGUCAAAGCCGGCCCCGGUAGAUGCCCAAGAAAGCGGGAGGGCGGGAGGCGAGAACGGCGGGGGUGCCGGUCAGGUACCGCCGGAACCGGCUCAAGCGACGGCGGGCGCAGUUCCGGGAUCGGAAGCUCUCGACUCCUUCUAUUGGUCACACGCCAUGAUGCCGCUCGGGCAGACCAUCGAGGGAGGAGUCGGAUCGGAUGGGUUUGGAAGCUGGACGGGCGACAUGGGUGGCGUCAUGAACGGGGCUGACUGGAUGGGUUCGCUGAUGCAGGGUGUCGAUAUGCCCGUAGAAUAUGGAGGCCCCGCCGUGAGGAACACCUAAUUUGGGUAACAGACGAUGGGAGAUUUAUUGUAGACUGGGAAAGCUUUUCCUCUACGCAUCGUACUACGCGGUGCGGGCACUGGGUGGUCUAGGGGUUGGAAACUGGGUAGACUGAUUGAAAGGAAAGCAAGUAACCUGCUCCUAGCGCUUAUAGGUGCUGUGGCGACCGGGGGGAGGGGGUCGACGGGACAUUUACCUCACCCCUCGGGUGUUGGCAUCUGUAUCCACCGGUAUCCACCGAUGCCUUUCCGUGUGUUCUCGGAUGGAUGUACCUAGAUAUCCAGGUACCUAGGUACCUCUACCUAUUCAUGUGCCUCCCUAGCCAAAGGUACGCACCCCGUACUAACUUUCCACGUUGAGAUUCAGUGCUACUAGGUCGUGCACCCAAGUACCCCCAUAGUAUAUCAAGUUCAGG